AUGGGUCUUGGAAAUAAAAUACCAGAAACACAGGACAGUCUGGAGAUUUUGUUCAUCCAUGUUGAUAAAUUUGUCAUGAUUGAUAUCCUUAUUUUUGUGAAUAUUACUGUACCAUAUAUCUGUUUAUAUGUACUUAGAAAUAAACCACAAUCUGCACAAAAAGCAAUUACAUCACAAACCAAGGUACAGAAUUGUGUCCGAGGGUGUAAUAUAGCUAUUGGUUUAUAUGAGAAGAUGAUUGAAGCUGAACAAGGAUACCUUCCAAGACCAGAGUUAGUGAGAGAUUCUAAACAAGACACUACAGUAGAACUGAAAUGGGAUGGUUUGUUCCUGAAAAAUGUAACCUAUUUAGUACAUAAGAAGAUAAUUGACUAUAAUAAACAAGGGGCAUGGCAGUUACAUAAUUCUGUAGAUUUUGAAAGAGAUGGUACAAUUUAUAUUACCAACCUACAUCCCUAUCUAACUUAUAAGUUUAAAGUAAUAGCAGUAGUUAGCAAGUUUCAUAUUUUAGAUUCGUCUGAGAGCAUCCUAAUAACAACCAGACCAAAUGGAGCACCUGAAUCACCACCUACUAUUACCAGAGUAUCAGCAUUAUCUCCCACAGUAAUCUCUAUAUCCUGGAAACCUCCAUCAUUUAAAAACGGUCCACUACUCAGUUAUAAACUUAGUUUGAAUCCUAAAGGCCAUCCUGAUCUGAAGGAAAUCAACAAAGACAUAGCUGGCAAUGUGACAUCAAUAACUGUUGGUAAACUUCAAUCAUCCCAGAGUUAUCGUAUCACGCUAUCAGCAUGGAAUAUAGAUGGUGAAGGUCCCACAGCCUAUAGUUAUACAACCACUCCUAAUCCGGGUAACUUUGAUCCUUGGGCUAAAAUUUCUCCCUAUUGA